AUGGUUUAAAGCUUCGCAACCAAACGAAAAUUUUAGAAGCUGUGAAUAAUGAAGAAGAAGAACUUCCAUGUUUCUUUGUUAUACUUCAACAUACUAUUAUGUCACAUCAACACUUCUUUAAGUAAUAUAGUAUUUCCUGUUUUUUUUUUUUUUAAUUUGAUCUGUUUUUUGUCCAUGUCGAGCUCAUCACUUGGGGAUAAUGAAGAUUCAGACAGUAGCGAAGAAGCGGUUCCAAAUUUCGAGGAAACUGAAGAGGAAAAGUCUUCUUCCUCAUCGACCAAGUACUAUGGCGAUUCAAUCGACUUCGACAGUUCUUCUAUGAAAUGUUUCAAGCAGAUUGAACUAUCGAGUAGUUCCAUAUUCAACAAUCCCCUAUACUACUUUCCCGAACUUGAAGAUCCUGGCAUAUUCGAAGCUUACAGGUUUGAGCCACCCCUAGAAAUAGACAACGACGUAGGAAGAGAAAGGUAUCUGCGAAUAUGCAAGCAGCUAAAUGUGGUUCCGCUGAAAAGAGUCUUAGCAUCACUAGACCAGGAAGAACUCGACUUGAGGUACUACGGUUUGAGGCAUAACGAAUUCAGGGCAAUUUUUCACGUUCUAGAGAUGAAUGCUUACGUGAAGAUACUACUUUUGCAAGAUUCUUACAUGAACGAAGAAAGUGCUCAUUUGUUGAGUAACAUGAUCAGUCAUAACGAAAGUAUAUACAAGUUGGAUAUCAAACAAUGCGAUAUUGGUGAGAAAGGAGCCCACGCCCUGAAUGAGGGUCUUCAGACAACUUUAACAUUGAAGGAAUUGGAUCUCAGUUACAAUUCGAUCGGUGAUAAGGGUCUUCGAAGCCUAAGAUCCACAUUCAGGAACAAUGAAUCUUUGAAGAAGAUCAACCUUGGACAUAAUAAUUUAACAUCAGCUUCCGCCAAUGUCCUUCAACAAUUUUUCACCGAUCAUGAAGUUAUAGAGGAUGUGAAUUUGGAGUGGAAUACAUUGUGCAACGAUGACGGUUUCAAGAAGAUAGGUGCAGGUUUGAGGAGCAAUUCCCGUUUGAAAUCUUUGAAUUUAUCUUGGAACGCUCUAGAAUCUAUAGUAGUAGCCAAAGAACUGGGGAAAUACAUUCGGGAAUCAACAACAUUAGAAUUUUUAGACUUGAGUAAUAAUAAUUUCAAAGGACCGCCAGCAGGAGCAUUGAGAGCCGCUAUAACAGCAAAUUUGACUCUGAAACACGUGAAGUUCGGAAAUAACCCUUUGAGUGUGGAGGAAGUUGCAGCGUUUGGAACAGUUCUACUUCAAAGCGGCAACUUGGUAAUACUCGAUUUAGAAAAUUUGUACUUCCCUAAAUCAUUCAAUGCCAAUUUAAAAAAGAUAAAAAAUUCUGGGAAGACUCUGAUUUACGGUGGAGUUAUCGGAAAUUUCAGAGUGAAAGGUCCAAAGAUGAAGGAAAUUUUGCUCAAACGGUGUCAUUUCUUAGGAUUAGCACCGAAAAAGGCGAAAGCGAAACGAGAUUUCGGACAAAUCGCGCUAACUUUUCCGGAGGAAAUCAUGGAGAAAAAUGAUUUUGAAGUUUACAUAAGGAAGAAGAAGAAAGGCAAAAUGUUCGAUUUGGAUUUACUGGCUGGAUUACAGAAAGCAUUCGCUAGUGGAAAAACGAAAGUAGACACUAAGCUCCUUCUUGCCGAUUACAUGAAACUAUAUCCCGAUACUGCUCUGCCACCACCGAAACCCAAGAAGGAGAAAAAAGGUAAAGGGGGUAAAGGAGGUAAAGGGGGAACUACAACCACUUCAACUACAGCAACAUCAACGGAGACAGAAUUAGCUGUAUCCUUCAGUACACCGAAUCAGUUAGACGCAGGCAGUGUAUCUUCGAAAUCAGAUAAAAACGUGAAUCGAGAGGAUGAGAAGUCAGUAACUGAAAUCAAACCUGAAGGUUCCAUUUCGAAAAGUACUCAAUCGGAAGAGAAGAAGAUGAAAAGAGAAGGUAGUAAGGCGUCACAGGUUAAAAGUAAUGUGAAGAUAAGCGAAGAAGUCGAAGUGGUUGAAGUGUAAAUUUUUUUUUCAAUUAUUCGAUAUUAUUAUAUUUUUGCGCACAUAAAAUUUGUAAGUGGAA